AUGGAACGGAUAGACUCAAAGCAGUCGAAGAAGGCGCACGAUGAAGAGGAAGGCACCUUCGAAUCGUCGUCGGCUCCCACGGCGCACGUACAGCGCGUCAGGACAAGGCCGAGCCGCGAGGGCGACUUGUCGCUCGAUGACCUCUUCGACGAGAGCAAGACGGCAAAGGAGAACAAGAGCACACUCCUGAGCUAUGAGCUCGAUCGGAUGGGCAUGGGUCGAUACCAGUGGUGCGUCUUUUUCCUCUGUGGGCUCGGCUACUUUAUCGACCUGCUUUGGGCGCAAGCGUUUGGGCUCAUUGCCACGCCGCUCAAGAAUGAGACUGACAGCAAUAUCGGCACACUCUCGACGGCCUUUUCAGUCGGUCUGACAGUGGGCGCAUUCACAUGGGGCAUCCUCGUCGAUGUCGUCGGCCGCAAAUGGUCAUUCUACUUUACCUGCCUCUGCUCCUCCAUCUUUGGCUUGGCAUCGGGCGCCCCACCCACCUUUACCGGGCUUCGUGUCCUCGCCGCCUUUGUCGGCUUUGGUGUCGGAGGGAACAUCCCCAUCGAUGCCACCAUCACCAUGGAGGUGCUGCCCACAAAGAAUCGCUUCCUCCUGGUCUUUCUCUCCCUCUUUCAGCCCGUUGGCGUACUCAUCGCGUGCGGCAUUGCCUAUGGCUUUGUACCCAAGUACAGCUGCGGGCGCGGCGACGCAGACUUGGCCUCGCAGAACAUCUACUGCGACCCCAAGGACAACAUGGGCUGGCGCUACACCCUUUACACCAUGGGCGGCCUCACGCUGGCCGUCUUUCUCUGCCGCUUUCUCGUCUUUCGCUUCAGGGAGUCGCCUGCCUUUCUCGUCAACCGGGGUGAUGAUCAACGCGCGCUGGCGACGGUGGCCUCGAUUGCAAAGAUGAACCGCGCGCCCGAGCCACUGUUUACGAUGGAAGACUUCAACGAGAUCGACCGCAGGUUCGGUGUCGAUGUUGAAUCGAGAGACCUGGCAAAGGCGCAGCGGGUGCAGACGUACAGCGAGACACUGAAAGAGGCUCUCGGCCGGCUCCGGGGCGUCACCAUUCUCUUUCGCAACAGGACCCAGGCACGCACAACGAUCGUCCUCUGGCUCACCUACAUUGCCGAUUUCUGGGGCUUCAGCAUCGCAGGCUACUACCUGCCCCAGAUCCUGGCCGACCGGGGCGUGGAGAACAACGUACCGCUGUCGGAGACGUACAAGGACUACAUUGCCAUCUAUGCGCCGGGCAUUGCCGCGUGCCUCAUCGCAGGCGCCAUGAUUGAGGUGCCUCGCAUCGGACGACAGGGCGCCAUGAUCAUGUCGAGCGCCCUCAUGGCCGUCAGCAUGUUUCUCUACACGCUCGUCUCCAGCCAGGCCGGCAGCGUGGGCCUCAAUGCGCUCGAGUAUUUUAUGCAGAGCUUUUUCAACAGUAUCCUCUAUGCCUUUACCGCAGAGGCUUUUCCCUCGGCUGUCCGAGGCACCGCCGCCGGGCUCACGUCGACGCUGGGUCGCAUUGCCAGUGCCGUUGCGCCCCUCGCCGCCGACCAGCUCUACGGCAAGGGCGGCGUCGAGGCGGCCAAGAACACCCUCUACCUGGCCGGCGGCGUCACGCUCAUCUGCCCGCUCGCGCUCGCGCUGCUGCCCUUUGAUACACGAGGCGUGCGGUCCUAUUGA